UUUUUUACUGCUCACUUGAGACUUAAACCUGACAGACAAAAAUCUCAAAAAAAAAGAAAAAUAAAAAAAUGUCAGAAAAAAAAAUUUUUUUUUUUUGAACGACAAAUUUUUUUGUUGGUGACACAAAUUGACAAUUUGACUGAAUUAGCAGAGGAUAAUUUUGAAAAAUCAUCAUUUAACGGUGUACAAAGGGUUCGACCAUCACUAAGUUAGCCAACCAAUCAUUGCAUACCUGAGUUUGUUGUUCGUGGUAGACGUAGUCCAACAAUAGUUACAGGUGAUAUCUUCCCAUUCCAUUCAUUUUCUAACGUUUUCCCAUAAUCCAUCACAUCAUAUACUCACAUCUACACUAUGUUUAGAAAUAGUCUAAGUGUUAGGUCAAUAACCUCGAUCAAUAAUAUCAUUACCACUAAUGCUUACAGAUCAUUAGCCACUGCAUCCAUACAAUCCAAUAUAACCUCAGAUUUGACUCCUUUAAAAAUCAAUUCUAAUGGAUCUAGAGAUUUAUAUGCUAUCUUCAAAUUACAUAAUAUUCCAUAUUUAGUUACUAAAGGUGAUAAAGUAUACUUACCAUUCAAAUUAAAGAAUGCUAAGGUUGGUGAUCUGUUAAAAUUAAAUAAUGUCACCACUUUAGGUUCACCUGAAUAUACUUUUAAAGUUGAUCAAGGUAUUAAUAAUGAAUUAUAUGAAUUAAAAGCUAGUGUGGUUGAAAUCACAAAGGAACCUUAUUAUGAAGUUUAUAGAAAGAAACAAAGAUGUAGAAGAUUAAAAACUUUCCCAGUUGAACCAUUUCAAACGGUUUUAAUGAUCAAUGAAUUAAAAUUAACCUAACUUAUGUAAAGUUAGUUUCCCCCAUCAUUCUGUACAUAUUCAUCCAUAAGUGUAUAUAAACUAUAAAUAUAAAAUCUGCAU